AUGGAGUUAAAUUUAAACUAUUACGUUUUGCGUAAAAUUUUUAAACUAUUAAAUGGAUUUGACCUACAUAAUGCUUCUCAAGUUUGCAGUUCUUGGUUUGAAGCAGCCAAUGAUGUAAAAAAUGAAAGAGGUCCUAUGUAUGUUAUAAAAAGAAGAAAAAAGACGUUACUUAAUAACAAAUUAGAACAAUUUGAAAAAGAAGUCAUUGAAUGUUCUCAAGUAAAACCUUCUUUAAUUAUGCUUUUAUAUGUGCCAUUCAACAAAGCAAUAUUAGAAAGAUGCUAUUGCGAUUUUAUACCAGUUAAGUGUUACUUACUAUCAUUGGAAUAUCAUUCAACAAUAAGAAGGAUGAUUAGACCAAAGAAGACUGUUGCAUGCAUGUUUUUUCCUGAAGUACCAGACAUACGUUACUCUACGUUUACAUUAAAAAAAAAUUUGAAAAGAUCAGAAAUAUAUUGUGAGGAACUUAAAUUAUUCAUUGACAAUUCUUUCCAAAAUUCUGAUAAGCUAAAGACAACAUUUGAAGAAUUUUUUAUUAACGAUUCUACUACGACAAGUUGUCUGAUUUUAUUAUGCAAUAAUAUUAAUAAUAAUAUAGCAAUAGAUUUAGUGAAAUCUUUAAAAGAAUGGUUUCCAAAUAAAAAUUUUCCAUUGUGGGGUGGAAUGGUGGACAGAAUUUCAGUUUGUACUUAUGAACAAAAUACCCGUUCAUGUAAAGUCCACGCUGAUUCUAUUGCUAUUUUAAUAGGUGGUCCAGAAAUGAAAAUAUGGAGUGUGAUUCUUGAUCAUUUCUGUGAAACUGAAAAGGUGAUCGACGAUACAUUAAAAACCUUUAAAGAAAGUAUAACAUUAAAAAAACACUCAAUAGGUUUUAUCUUUUCAUCUCGAUGUCGUGAGAAUUAUUUGUUAGCAUUAGAUUCAUCUAUUUAUCAUAAUCAUUUUCCAAAUAUACCCUUAGUCAAUUGUGUUGGUCAUAAAUCAUUGGGAAGUAGUUUGGAUGAAGCAUAUAAAAAAAUAUCACAUGAUUGGAAUGAAAUUGGAGAUGCAACUUUAAUGAUAAUAACAUAUAAUUAAAUAACUUAUCGUAUACGUUCAACAUAUUGAAAUAAAUAAGAAACAUUUUGCCAGUGUAAGACGCAGCUUAUUUUGUUUGUAAAUUUUUAUCUAAUUGCAAGAUGCUGCUUAUAAACAAUCGUAAUUUCUAUCUUUGAUAAUUUUUGACUUACUUUAAAUUUUAACAUUUUAAAUUCUUCUAAGAAUAUUAGGAGAACAAAUAAAUUAUAAACUUCUAGACUUGUUAUUGUCUCCUUUAUCAUUAGAACUUUCAUCAUGACUAAAAUAAUCUUAAUGAGACUUAAUAAUCUCAAUUAGAUUAUCUGCAUACAUAUUUUGGCCAUUUUCUAUGUAGAUAGUAGUGUGAACAAAUUGUAAAAUAAUUUUAUAAGAAAACACAAAUAAAUGUCACGUUAA